CGGCGUCGCGGGGCGGCGCAGCGCGGGCCCGGGCGCGGGGACCCGGCGGGCGCUCGGGCCGGGCAGCGCCGCCGCCGCGGGGCCAAGAUGUCGGUGGCGGGGCUCAAGAAGCAGUUCCACAAAGCCAGCCAGUUGUUCAGUGAAAAAAUAAGCGGAGCAGAAGGAACAAAGUUAGAUGAAGAAUUCCAAGAGAUGGAAAGGAAAAUUGAUGUUACAAAUAAAGCUGUAGCAGAGCUUCUAUCCAAAUCCACAGAGUAUCUUCAGCCAAAUCCAGCAUACAGAGCCAAGCUGGGAAUGCUGAACACUAUGUCAAAGAUCAGAGGACAAGUUAAAACCACAGGCUAUCCCCAGACAGAGGGACUCCUAGGAGACUGCAUGAUACGGUAUGGCAGAGAGCUUGGCGAUGAUUCUAUGUUUGGCCUUGCACUGCUGGAUGCUGGUGAGAGCAUGAAACAGAUGGCAGAGGUGAAGGACUCGCUUGAUAUUAACGUCAAACAAAAUUUUAUUGAUCCACUACAGUUAUUGCAAGACAAAGAUUUAAAAGAGAUUGGGCAUCAUUUGAAGAAACUAGAAGGACGCCGUUUGGAUUAUGAUUAUAAAAAGAAGCGUCUUGGAAAGAUACCAGACGAAGAGGUUAAACAAGCGGUAGAAAAAUUUGAAGAGUCAAAGGAACUGGCUGAAAGAAGCAUGUUCAAUUUCUUAGAAAAUGAUGUAGAACAAGUUAGCCAGUUGGCCGUGUUUGUAGAAGCAGCACUAGAUUACCAUAAACAAUCCACAGAAAUUUUGGAGGAUCUGCAGAGCAAGCUGCAAAACCGAAUAAAUGUAGCAUCUAGUCGGCCUAAACGUGAAUUUAAGCCAAAACCUGUGAUAACUACAACUCUGGAAAUUGGUGAUAAUCAGCAGCACAACGGGAUUGCUUAUAGUUCUUCCAUAAAAUCAUCAGAUUUUCCUCAUCUCCUGGAUACAAUUAUUCUCCCUGUCUCCUUGAUGGCUACAGUGGCGAUGAGAGAAGACCAACAUAAAAAAAAACAACAGAGCCAAACCACACAAAAGACAACGAAAGCUGACCUGUUCAUCCUACACAAAAAAAGUGCUUUAAUGCUUAAUUUCUCCUGUACAUAUUGACCCUAUCAAAAUGUAGACCUUUAAUAUCUCUGAUACUGUCACUCAGGGUAAGUAGUAUCUUGGUAUUCUGUGAAGCCGUGGCAAUCAACAGGACAGUUCAAAGCAAGCUGUGAUAUAUUCAGCACAACUACCGCAAUCCAGCUCUGAGUGUUGAAAUGGCUUUUCCUGUGUUUUACUCUCAGGAAAAAGUAUCAGCUUCUUGGAGCAGAGAUAGCAUUUGCGUUUGUACAGUCACUAACACACGGGGAUUAUUUACUACUAGUUACUUGCACACCCUUGCAGGGCUAGAUUCACAGAAACCUCAUUUUAAGGCUGUGAAUUAUUUAGCUGCUUUGAUUAAGCACAGAUAACAGAUCUGUGUUUUUAUUAUAAUUUAUUAUUAUCCUCAUAAAUCAGCUGAAGCUAUGAGCAUCACCAGGCUCAUUUUAGAACUCUCUUGUGCUAUGUUAUGUCAUGCUUUUCAUUCUUUUUAUUUGUCAGGUUUCGCUAUGAUAUGAAAUUAAUGGGUCUGGAUGCCACAUGCUAGAAUUUAACAUAAGCAUCUUAAUGUUUACUCACUUCAGCUGGAAGACUCGGGUUAAUCUUCUUAGAAAGCUUCCAGUUUGUAAUGAUUAAAGUAUAAUUUUGCUACCAUAUGUGUAUGACAUGGUAUAGAAGACAAAGUAGAUGCAGGUACAGGCAAUAACUCCCUUUGGGGAAGACAAGCAAACAAACAAAAAACCAUACCAGCAUUGAAUGGCAUGCUAGUUUCAUUCCACAGCACUCCAGAAAUCAUAGACAGCUUCCUGCUUAGCCUGUUUUUGCGGUGUUUUGGGUUUUUUUCUGUUUGUGCUGCUCAGGUUUGAAUGGUCUGGAGAUAAAGGACAGGUUAUCUUUGAAUGUGACAGUGAAGUAUGGCUUAAUUUCUGGAGAAAUUAGGGAGGCGUGCAUGGUGUUGCAAAUUAACAUAAACCCUCUUUGCAAAAAAAAAAAAAAGAAUGCAACUUUUUGUAGCUUAAAUCUCUGCAGCAGGAAAGGAUGUGCAAGUAUUUAAUAGAGACAAAAAGGCUGGAAACGUGUUGCCAGUUCUGUGAUGUUAAACAGUGUGUGUUGCAGCCUGCCGGGCAGUGCUGUCCCCAUUACCUUUCUCAGGGAAGCUUUGUCUCAUUGGAUUGCACAGUAGCAGCAGCUGCCUGACUAAUGAAGACUUUGACUGAUCUUAGAGCCUGGAGUGAAACUGGUUAUACCGGCUAUGACCAUUAUUUAAAAGUCUUUCUAGGUUGCCAGACAUUUCUUUUCAGUUCUUCAGAGCUUAAAAUGAACCAAAUGUGAUCCAUCUGAUGUCAGAAAUUAACUGGCUGGCAAUAAUAAAUGAGCCCCAUUGGAGCAGCUGGUGAGAGCACGGAACUUUGUCAAUUAUUCAGAGCGCUGCUUUCUGCUGUUGACGGCUCCACUGAGCUGGUACCAGUUUUACCUUGGCAAAGCCUGAAAAUAGCUCAGCUGUUUUUGAACACAAUCAGUCCGUUCUUGUUGGGAAACUGUGGCUCAUCUUGUUGUUUUCUGCUUGGACUGUUUCAGCAAAAAUAUGUCCAGAUCCAAGCUUUCACCUGUGCCAUUGUGUUAGACUUCCCCGGGCAGAGGACAAGUCUGGAGGUGUUAACAGCAAUGUUCUGAGGAGGUUUUACUGAGAGGGAUCUCUGUGUUGACAGCUGUCUUUUAUUGUUAUAAAUAAAAGCUCUUCUAUUGUUAUGAAGGAUAAAUCAUACCCACCAAAUAGAAAAGUAAUUGGUACUUCCCAAUUUUAACACCAAAUAUUACCCUAAUUGCAUUAUUGUCAAUUAAAAAGAUGCUUUCACCUGUUCUCAUUUACCACAAUGAUCACCAGAAUAGUUGUCAGCUGGUUUCCUUAAGAGUCUUCUCCUAACUCCUUUGCUAGAAAAUGUCUGAACAGUUACUUUAAAUACUCUCCUUGCAUAUCACUAUGAUAAGCAGAUUACAAUGCAUUUUGGCAUGCAUAUUUAACAUCUUAGCUAUGAUUUCUGUAUUGCAUUACCAACUGUGUGCGGAUUUACCUGACAAAAAUUCUUCUUCAAGGCGACUGCAUGCUUAGCACAUGCGAGAGCUGGGGAGAGAGCUGAGAACAGAUUUUUGAGAAUUGUUGCACUGUUGUAAAUAAGACAACCUGAAAACCUUAAUAUUUGAGAGGUUACAGUGCUGUAAUGUAUAAGUACUAGAGUAUUCUAGAGUUGUCAUGUUAUAAUGUGUUUUACUGCUGUUUACAUGGCAGGAGGGUGGAAUCUUUGCUCUUAUUCUUCCUUUAUAAAUAUAUUUCAAAUUGUCAGCCUUUUACUUGGCUCUGCCUUAUAUACGUCUAAAAAUCUGUUACGGCUUAACUUCAGCUGCACCUCUGGCUACUCUUUGGCCACAGCGCUAAGCUUUACCCUUUGAACAUUAGAUUACAUUUUAUUAGAAUAAAUUAUUGUUCAUAAAUAUGUAUGAAUUAAUGUAUCCAUACCACAAAUCUAAGCCAAUUAACACUCCUUCGUGAGAGUACCUUUGAAAAAGGUGAUUGCAUUUACAAGGUUAACUUGCUUUGCUAAUGAUGAUUCUAUUUUGUACUUUAUGUUUAUAUUCACUUGUUUUCCUGUAAAUAUAUGUACUUACUACUAUGUUUGCAUAUGGUACCAUUAAUAUUUUAAAAGAGUAAUUUGGAAUUAAGAUCUUUAUAGAAGGGCAAACAGCCCGAGUCAUAAAAACAGACGGAUACUGUACUGGAAAACUUCAUCUGUGAAAAAGCUGGACAGGCACGAUUGUUCCUAGCAUAACCUUUGCUUUAGUUCAGAUGAAGGGUAUGUACAACAAAGGAUUUGAAGACACAGUUCCACUGGCCAGCACUCCAAAGAGACCAGACUGAUUUUGACAACUGUGAUUACUCAAACUGUCAGUUUAAGAUAAAACAUCCUUUUGAAAGGGAAGGCAACUAGGAAUUAAAAUAGAUUAGCACAUGAACUUAAGGGAGAAACCGAAUUAUGCGUUAAAACUAAUUAUCACUAAUACUACUUUUUAUAUGUGGAAGGAGCAAAUGUUAAUGGGUCAAAGCAAUGGAAAAACUGUUCAUGACAGCAAGGUUAGAUUUUUUUUUUUCACCCACUGUUUUAUGCUUAGUGGCUGGUGGGAAUGCUGUAAAGCUCUAUUAAUGUGUUUUUCUUUGUCUGUCAC